AUGCCCUCCAUCAAAGUCUUCACUCGCUGGCGGCCUGCGUUGCCCUCGGAAUCGGAGGCCCCUGAAAUUUCCCGAACACAAGAAUCCCAUCCUGGAAAGAACACCACGAUCGCAUUAACACCACCGCCGUCCCAGAAACUCUCGCGCCCCUGGAAGAGCGACUCGGCUUUUACCAAGAUAUUCAACGCAGAUGACUCUAACCGAACUGUCUUCGAGCAUGUCGUUGCACCCACUCUCCCUCGGGUCUUCAGCGGGCAAAACUGCAACUUCUUCGCCUACGGACACUCGGGCAGUGGGAAGUCGCACACCAUCAUCGGGUAUAACUUUGAGCGUCCGGAGGAGUUUGGACUCUGUUUGUCAGCUGCAAAGGCACUCUUCGAGCAGCUACACCAACUCAACGAGAAGUCCAAGGAGAAUGAGAGGCUUCUCCUAGGUCUUCGCAUGUACGAGCUGCGGAAGAACAUCGCCUUUGACCUCCUCAACGACCGAUGCAAGUGCCAUAUCCGCGAAGGCGCUGACGGGAAGACCCACGUCCGUGGGGAGACGGAAACCCUCGCCGACGGGAAAGUCCGCGUGCGGCCGAUCGUCACCAAACCAUGCUUUACCUUUGAUGAGUUCCACGCUCAGUUGCGGGCGGGUAUUCAAAGCAGGGCAACGGGCACAUCUACGAUCCAUGAUCAGAGUUCUCGGACGCAUGCUGUGUUCGAGGUUGAAAUCGUGACGAAAGAACUGCUGGAUGCGAGGGAUGCCGUCAUUGAGCGACAAUCCGAGCUGGUACCGGUCGGGAAACGCGCUACUGAUAUCUACAUCGAGGAGAAUACGAAGGCUAUCAUCCAGACACCGGAUGGCAAGUAUGUCCCGAAUCCGGACUAUCAACUCAAUCAGACAGCGAUAGAUGAGGCCGAGGCAAAGAAAGCCGAAUACGAGUCGCGCGUCCAGAAGGCGGAAGACUAUGUGUCAGAAGUGAAAAAGUCAUGCCCCCAUGCCUGUCUGGGUGGAAAGAUGGUGUUUGUGGAUCUUGCUGGCUCAGAAUACUGCCAUGACAAGGGUUCUGUGUCUACAAUGCGAACAAAACAGACCCCCCAGGAGCAGCAGGAGAGCCGACAGAUCAAUACCGAUCUUCUUGCCUUGAAAGAAGUCAUCCGGGCGAUGGCUCGGAAGCAGAGUCGUAUUCCCUUCCGCUCAUCACCCCUGACGAUGGUUUUGCGCGAACACUUCGUCACGGGCGGCGAUGAUGGGGUUUCGGCUAUGAUCCUUACGACGUCGCCUUCGUCGGAACAGUACAACGCUACCAUUGAUACGCUAAAGUAUGGAAACCUGAUUGGGAUGGCGGGAGUUCGUUAA